AUAACGAUGUUGUUACGGUUUUACCGUAGUGUAGUUGAAUGUCUUACUGGAGACAAUACCACUGCAGGAUGUUUUUCUGUCUUUGGUGCAUAUCUGAUACAUCUCACCUACGGAUAUCUGUAUUCAUUAAGUAAGUAUAUCUACAGUCGGUCUUUCUUUCUUCACACUAGCAAACAUGGUGCCAUAUAUAAUGGGAUAUUUAAAAACUUACAGAGAGCCAACGAUUUCGAUACAGACUUCCGUAUGGUUUUCAGGAAUAUCUUUGCCUUAUUUGGACUCUGUAUGCCAGUUGGAGGUGUUUUGUCGUGUAGGAUUGGAUAUCGACCAGUUGUAGCUGUCAGCUGCUUUUUGCUGAGUGGUGGUGUUCUGCUAACUUAUUUUACAAUCCAGAAAGUAUAUGUCGGAGUCCUUAUGACCUAUUCUUUUCUGUUUGGAACCGGUGUCGGUCUAGGAUUCUCCGUUACUUUGGCUGUUGCUGCAACGUGGUUUCCUGAACAAAGAGGAUUGGUUGUUGGGCUUGUAGUCAGUGGUUACGGAAUGGGAUCCCUAGUAUUCGGUCCUAUUCAAACUGCUCUUAUAAAUCCGCAUAACGUGCGUGUAAACAAUGUGACAAGACAAUUCGACAACAAGGAAAUGCUUGAUCGAUUACCUGAUGCGUUUCUUAUCCUGGGAGGUAUCCUUCUCGCCACACAGAUAAUUGGUUUUAUAUUUCUUCGUCCAAAGCCCAAGAUAGAAGCCGUGGAAGAUACAAAAGAAACUGCAAGUGAGAAAAGUUCUGCAAAGUAUGAAACCGAAGAUGAUGAAGUACAAAUAUACGGUUGUUAUCCAGACUCACUAGACGUUACACCAGCCCAACUUUUUCGCCAUAUUGAUUUUUACCUGCUAUGGUUCAUUGAAUUGUGCAACAGUGUAAUGCUGACAGUCGUAACGUCUGCUUAUAAAUUGUUCGGUCAAACCUUUAUCAGUGAUGACCAAUAUUUGACGGCAGCAGUUACAGUAGCCGCUGUUUUCAACGCUCUUGGUCGUAUUUUGUGGGGAUCAGCUGUAGAUCGGUUUUCGUAUAAGAUUCCUCUCCUCAUAAUCAGUUUGACAUGGGCAAUCCUUCUCUUAUCUUUCCCCUUCAUUAGUACAGCAAGUGAAUUUACGGCAAAAGCACUUUUUUGCUUUUAUGGUAUUGGAAAUUUCCUUUUCCUGAGUAGUAUAUCAACAAUUGCACCUGCAACUGUGGGAUCAAUGUUUGGAUGCAAACAUAUGGCUGUAAAUUAUGGGAUAUUAGCCUCCGCACGAACAAUUGGAUGUCCUCUUUGCGCAUUCGUUCUUACUUACAUCAUAACAAAAGAUCCAUAUUUGCUUCAAUUUACGGUAUGUGGGUGUUCAAGCUUAAUAGCCUUUUUCCUCACCCUGUGGAUUGAUGACCACAAGAUACCUCAACGGCUAAACUGUUGUUCACCUUGCAGUAGAACAUGUCAAACUUUACGAAUUCAAAGAAGCUAAUUACGCUCCAAGCAAUAUAACAACUUUUAGAAGGUUAAAUUACAACCAUACUGCUUUCAUGAUUAUAUGAAAUACUGCAUAAUUAUAUCAUUUCCUUAUUUAUCACCAUUGUUUAUUUAUACACGAAUACAUGAGUUGAUACGAUCCUAACAUAUUUAAAGAAUAACUUAUCCUUCUUCAGAUUCUUUUGAAUAUACUUUGAUCAAUAAAGCUUGUUAUCGGUAAUCAACUUUUUAACUUGCGACUACCGUAGUGGUGCAUUUGGCGGGAUAUUAUUAUGCACAGUGCGUAAAUUUGUUAAAUACUCUAGUAAGUCAGGCUGGAUGCUACAACUUAGUUUGAAUUUUCCU